AUGUCAUUUUCGGCUCUAGUAGCUAUGACGGGAUUUGUAUUUAUGAUUUGGCAUACAUGGCAUUAUGAUCGCUGGCGUUGCCUGUUGUACACGAAAGACGAUUGGUUCAGAGCUGUCAUGUGCCAUAUCCUACUAGGGUCAAUAGCGUGUUUAUUGGUCUUCACAUGGAUGUCCGUUCACGUCUUAUAUGCCGAGUAUUACAUAUAUCUUCCACAGACUGGUCAGACUAUAGUUGCACCUUGGCAGUUGUGGACUGCUAAACAUCAACAAAUAUGGAAAAUAGCAUUAUAUUUCAUGACUGCCGGAUGGGGUUUCUUACAGGCUAUUCAUUUGGAAGAGUUUCUAUAUUGGGGAUAUCUAAUCAAAUCAAUGAAUACACCAGGUGGACCGCAAUCAUCUUGGUUGAGAUCAGGUUUUUUCAAAGUCUGGAUUUGUCUUUUCGUAUCUGCUUUUGCUUUAUUAAUAGGUUCUGUUCAUAUCGAGACUGAGAAUCUUGAUAUGAUGAGAGCAUACUUAUUUGUCGUUGGAUCAAGUAUGAGUACUUUAUUGGCAUUCGCAUCACUCGUUUUAUGCCUCAUCUUCCCUUCAUUCCUCAGAACAGUUAAAAAGCAAGGAGCGAAUUUCGAAGUAUUGGAAAGAUUACAUUUCUUUUCAGAGAUGAAUCAAAUCAGAACCGUUUGUAGGAUUGGAUAUAGUGUUGCUAUACUGAUAUUAUCCAUUGACGCAUUGACUAAAGACAAAACGAUCAACAAAUCUGGCUUUUGGCACGAUCUUCUAUACCUCUUUAGUCAACUCACCUUAUUCGCUGCAACCUGUAUUUCAAUAAUUGUGUUAUUACCAAGAAACAUGAUGUCGGAAUCAUUACCACCACAUUCAAAAGAUCAAACUUUCUUACCUAUGGCACCUUAUAAACGUCCAUUACCAGAUGGAUAUUCCGCCAAACAGUUUUCUGAAUUGGGUGAAAGGUUGAAUAACCAACAUCAACAUCAACAUCAACAUCGAAAACCAAGACCAUCGACAUCCGACGUUCGUGCUAAUGGUUCAAGACAAGAAGAAGAAGAGGAAGAAGCACCUUUCUCAGAAGUUGCAGAUAAAAGUAAAAAAGCAAGAUUAAGUGAAUUUCCAAUUUUACCAAGUGUGGUUUCGAAGUUCAAAUCUCCAUUUGAAACUAGUCAACCUAAAAAUAAAGGGCCUCCUCAAGUUUUCGUAACUUCCCAUACCGUAGUAGAGGACUAG